UCAAUUCAACGACGCAACAUAGAAAAUUGCAGAGACCGGUGCAUCAGCCUUCGAAGCACGCCUGUUCCUCUCGGGGAUUCAGUGAUGCAGCCGAGGAAAUAGGAGACACCAUGGAGACCAGACCAUGGCUCCUCCGGCUUAUCGCCAUUCUCACCACCACCACUGCCCUUCUCUUGCACCCAUCCACUUCCAGCUCCGUCAGCACCGCCCACGACCUCCCGGCCCUCCUAUCGUUCAAAUCCCUCAUCACCAAGGAUCCCUUGGGCGCACUCUCCUCAUGGACCACCAACGGCAGCACCCAUGGCUUCUGCAGCUGGACCGGCGUGGAGUGCAGCAGUGCUCACCCGGGCCAUGUCAAGGCGCUGCGCCUACAAGGCCUCGGCCUCUCCGGGACCAUCUCACCAUUUCUUGGGAACCUCUCGCGUCUCCGUGCACUCGAUUUGUCCGGCAACAAGCUUCAAGGUCAGAUCCCUUCUAGCAUUGGUAACUGCUUCGCGCUCCGCACGCUCAACCUGAGCGUCAACUCCCUGUCCGGCGCCAUCCCUCCCGCCAUGGGAAACCUGUCAAAGCUUCUUGUUCUGAGUGUUAGCAAGAACGAUAUCUCGGGCACCAUUCCUACUUCGUUUGCAGGUCUCGCAACAGUCGCAGUGUUCAGUGUAGCAAGGAACCAUGUGCAUGGGCAAGUACCACCGUGGCUCGGCAAUUUGACAGCGCUGGAAGAUCUGAACAUGGCUGACAAUAUUAUGAGCGGACAUGUUCCACCAGCUUUGUCUAAGCUCAUCAACCUCCGAUCCCUGACUGUAGCAAUCAAUAACCUGCAAGGUUUGAUCCCUCCAGUGUUAUUUAAUAUGUCCUCACUUGAAUGCCUCAAUUUCGGGUCAAACCAACUGUCAGGCUCUCUACCACAAGAUAUUGGCUCUAUGCUUCCUAACCUGAAAAAGUUCAGUGUAUUCUACAACAGAUUCGAAGGCCAGAUUCCUGCCUCCUUGUCAAACAUAUCUUCUCUUGAACAUCUGUCUCUCCAUGGGAAUAGAUUUCGUGGCCGGAUCCCGUCAAAUAUUGGCCAAAGUGGACGUUUGACUGUAUUCGAAGUAGGAAAUAAUGAGCUGCAGGCUACAGAGUCAAGAGAUUGGGAUUUCCUGACCUCCUUGGCUAACUGCAGCAGCCUACUUCUAGUAAAUCUUCAACUGAAUAACCUUUCAGGGAUUUUGCCAAAUAGCAUCGGUAAUCUCUCGCAAAAACUUGAAGGUCUUCGAGUCGGAGGAAACCAAAUUGCUGGGCUUAUACCUACAGGAAUAGGAAGAUAUCUCAAGCUCGCGAUACUUGAGUUUGCAGAUAACCGCUUCACAGGAACCAUACCUUCAGAUAUUGGAAAGCUAUCCAACCUCAAAGAACUAUCCCUAUUUCAGAAUAGAUACUAUGGGGAGAUUCCUUCGUCAAUAGGCAACCUAUCACAACUAAAUCUGCUAGCUCUUUCAACCAACAAUUUGGAGGGUAGCAUUCCAGCUACUUUUGGCAACCUUACUGAGUUAAUCUCCCUGGACCUUGCCAGUAACCUCUUGAGUGGGAAAAUCCCAGAAGAAGUUAUGAGAAUCUCCUCCCUGGCUCUGUUUCUCAAUCUCUCAAACAAUUUAUUAGAUGGACCUAUUUCUCCACAUAUUGGGCAGCUAGCCAAUCUUGCAAUAAUUGAUUUCUCAUCGAACAAGUUAUCAGGUCCAAUCCCAAAUGCCCUUGGUAGUUGCAUAGCAUUGCAAUUCCUACACUUACAAGGGAAUCUCUUGCAGGGACAAAUUCCAAAAGAACUCAUGGCAUUAAGAGGCCUAGAAGAGCUGGACCUCUCUAAUAAUAACUUAUCAGGACCUGUCCCUGAAUUUCUUGAGAGCUUCCAGCUUCUGAAGAAUCUAAACCUUUCAUUCAACCACCUAUCAGGUCCGGUGCCAGAUAAAGGGAUCUUCUCAAAUGCAAGUGUGAUAUCUCUCACAAGUAAUGGCAUGCUGUGUGGUGGUCCUGUAUUCUUUCAUUUCCCUACAUGCCCAUACCCGUCCCCUGAUAAGCUUGCAAGUCAUAAACUGCUUCAGAUCUUGGUGUUUACUGCGGUGGGAGCAUUCAUCCUUCUCGGUGUCUGCAUUGCUGCACGCUGUUACGUUAACAAGUCAAGAGGUGAUGCCCACCAAGAUCAGGAAAACAUCCCUGAGAUGUUUCAGAGGAUCUCAUACACUGAGUUGCAUUCGGCUACAGAUUCAUUCUCUGAAGAAAAUUUGGUUGGCCGUGGAAGCUUCGGCAGUGUAUAUAAAGGGACUUCUGGUUCUGGUGCAAAUUUGAUUACUGCAGCAGUGAAGGUACUUGAUGUCCAACGACAAGGAGCCACAAGGAGCUUCAUCUCUGAGUGCAAUGCUCUCAAAAUGAUCCGACAUCGCAAACUAGUCAAGGUUAUCACAGUGUGUGAUAGCUUGGACCACAGUGGCAACCAAUUCAAGGCACUUGUGCUAGAGUUCAUUCCCAAUGGAAGCUUGGAUAAAUGGUUACACCCGAGCACAGAAGACGAGUUCGGGACACCAAACCUGAUGCAGAGGCUAAACAUUGCUCUCGAUGUGGCGGAGGCACUGGAAUAUCUCCAUGACCAUAUUGAUCCUCCAAUUGUUCACUGUGAUGUUAAACCAAGUAAUAUUCUUCUUGAUGAUGACAUGGUUGCACAUCUUGGUGACUUCGGACUAGCAAAGAUAAUUAGGGCAGAAAAAAGCAAGCAAUCACUCGCCGAUCAAAGUUGUUCGGUUGGAAUCAAAGGCACAAUUGGGUACGUUGCACCAGAGUAUGGCACCGGGACUGAAAUAUCUGUGGAAGGCGACGUGUACAGCUAUGGUGUGCUAUUGUUGGAGAUGCUUACUGGGAGAAGGCCAACUGACCCAUUUUUCAGUGAUACAACAAAUCUACCAAAGUACGUUGAGAUGGCCUGUCCUGGUAAUCUGUUGGAAACAAUGGACGUCAAUAUAAGAUGCAACCAAGAGCCUCAAGCGGUUUUAGAAUUGUUCGCUGCUCCAGUUUCAAGACUUGGUCUAGCGUGCUGCAGGGGCUCUGCAAGACAGCGCAUAAAGAUGGGCGAUGUGGUGAAAGAACUGGGUGCCAUAAAACAGAUAAUCAUGGCCAGCCAGAAUUAUGCGUCUUGGUCCACAAAGUUGUACUAGAUGAGCGACAAGUAAUAUGGAUCUAUAGGAGUAUUAGUUUCUCAUGUAUUUUACCAUAGCUGACAGGCACUCCCUGUAUCAUACACGACUGUGCCUGUUGAUAGACUUAAAAAUUAUUACGCAAGAUCUUCUGUUGGUUCACGCGAAUCAAUUAUGAUCAGAGAAAGAUCGAAACUGGUAUUGUAUUGUACUAGCAAAACUACUUUAUAUUUGUAA